AUGCUGGACCGUAGGCACGACGACGCCAUCUGCCCCGACAACCUCGACGGACCGGGCAAGGUGCUCGCUCACGCGACGUUACUCUCUGGGGCUCGAGACGACGUGUCGGAGGUGCACGUCGACCACCUCGAGGCGUGGCACAUCGCGCUGACCCCCAAUCCGCAGAACUCGCAUCACCUGCUGCGAAUGCUCGUUCACGCGAUCGGCCACUCGUUGGGACUGUCGCACACCACGGACGAGAACUCGCUCAUGUACGCGUACUCGCCCGCCGUGGAAUGGCCGGUGGUGCUGGGUACGGAGGACGUUCUCGCCGUGCGGAAUCUCUACGGCGUCGCGGAGGGUGAGCCGUCGACCGCGACGCCCGCCGAGCCUACGGUCGUACAAAGGACCACGACGCCCGCGAGUACGACUGCGACGGCGGCGUCGCCGGAGCCGCCCGAUCCGUGCACCUGGCGCCACGUCGACACCUUACUCGUGCUGGGAAAGCGCUUGUUCGUCACGUGCGGGCGGUACGCGUGGUCGAUCGACCUGGGCGGGAAGAUCGUCGACAGACCGUUCGUCCUGGGGGAUUACGCGAGGUUCCUGCCAAAGACCGUCACGCGCCUGUCGGCGACGUAUCAGACGGUCAAGGGGGACCUGGUGCUGUUCGCCGAUGGAUGGGUGUACAUGGCGUCUUAUCCCGCCCUCGAGCUACGUGCGUCGUGGCCGCGACGCGCGACGGAUCUCGGGCUUCCGCCAAACGCGGUGAUCAACGCCGCGCUGAACUCGCACACGGGUCGCACCUACGUCAUGUACAACGAUUACGAGGUACUGGAAAUGGACGAAUGCAACAUGACGGCUCGCGGGUACCACACGCUGCAGACGGUUUUCCCGGGUAUACCGUCGUUGGCACGCACGGCCUACCGCUACACCGAUGGACACCUCUACUUCGUUCAUCGGGAUUGCUUCUUUGCGUACGAGUUCACCGAGACCGUGACGAGGUCCGGGGAGUUCGAUCUCGACGUGAUCGGCGUGACGUGUCCGAGGGAGGAUAUCCUACGGAAACUGUGGGAUCUGCUCACUCGACUCGUUCGUUCCAGCGUCGCGUUUGAUUAG